GAGAAUAAAGUAAAGUCCCUUACCGGUGAGAAAAUAAAAAAGAAAGUAGCAGGCUACAAAACAAGUCUAUCACGAUAAUAACUAUCAACCGCAUACCGAUAUGCCGGUUAUGAUGACGCUGCCGGUGACGUAACGCGCGCUGCUUGUGGCUGCUGGCAUCUGAACAGAAUUUGAAACUGAACCGGUGGACAAGAUUCGAACCCAAGGGUCCAAAACAUCACCAAAAAUUUAUUCACUUCAAAACGGAGUAACCACACGAGUUUGUUUACAGUCUUAGUUGGAUUCAUUCAGAGUUUAUUUCAAACAGUGUGUCGGUUGGACUAACGUUACAGCUGUUAUUCCCUUGAGAAGAGGAAGAGUGUCCGCUGUGAACUUUAUACUCCUGCUGCUUUUGUCCUGCGUGAAAAGGAAGUACUGUCUGUCUAUCGCUGUUUUUUUUUUUUAACAAAAUGAGGCGAAUCUCCGUGUACCAUGUUGGUCUGCGCAGAAGACGGAGUUUAAUCUAGGAGUUUUAGCUGAAUCUUUAAGGGCUAACUGUGCUAAUCUGUGCUACAUGUAGCUGAGUAGCAUCUAUCGUCGCGUUCGAACUCAACCAAACUUAAGUUACUCAAAUGUAGCGGCUCUGUUUAUCGCAACAUUCAAUGACAAGAAAGUAACCAAAUAUCCUGUUUCGGAAACAUCUUUAUCCUCAACUGUGUCUUAAUCCCGUCAAGAGGGAUAUUGUGUACGUGCUUUUAACGGUGGUGACUCUAAACAUGAUCUGUAAGCUGGUGAAGUGAUUAACCAGUCUACACACUUUACUGGACGCUCGCUGGAUAUUUGCUGUAAACUGGUUGUAGUGGAGUGGUGAUCAUCGUAUUGAUUUCUGUAAAGUAGUGAUGGCCCGGAGGAGGCUGGACAGUCGCAGUGGAUCCUCUGCUUUGCUCUCAGAGAUCCAAACUCAGAUUCAACCGGAUGCUCUGGACGCCGUGUUUGAGAUGGGCAAUGAGCUGGGCAGGGGGAAGUUUGCUGUGGUUAGGAGGUGCGAGGAAAAGGCCACAGGGAAAGUCUUCGCUGCAAAGUUCAUUAAGAAGCGGAGACGAGGCCGUGACUGCAGAGCCGAGGUCGUUCACGAGAUCGCUGUUUUAGAGGCCGCAAAGAACAACCCUCGUGUGGUGAAACUGCAUGCUGUAUAUGAGACUGAUCAUGACCUCGUUCUUCUGCUGGAAUAUGCUGCGGGUGGUGAAAUUUUCGACCACUGUGUGUCAGAUGAGCUGCUGCCUGAAGGUCAGAUCACUCGUCUGAUCAGACAGAUGCUAGAGGGAAUUCACCAACUUCACCAGAGCAAUGUAGUCCACCUAGACUUGAAGCCCCAGAAUAUUCUUCUGACCAGUCUGAGCCCAUUGGGGGAUAUAAAGCUGGUGGAUUUUGGGCUGUCUCGCAGGUUGGGCUCUGUUGGAGAACUCAGGGAGAUUCUGGGUACCCCUGAGUAUGUAGCUCCUGAGAUCCUGAAUUAUGAACCGAUCACCACAGCAACAGAUCUUUGGAGUGUGGGUGUGAUAGCAUACAUGCUGGUAACAGGAGAGUCUCCAUUCGCUGGCGAGGAUAAACAGGAGACUUUCCUAAAUGUAUCUCAGGUGAAUGUGGACUACAGCAUGGAGUCCUUCUCAAGGGUUUCUGAGUUGGCUGUCGACUUCAUCCAGAAACUUCUGGUCAAAUCCCCAGAGGAUCGCCCUAGUGCAGCUGAAUGCAUGACCCAUCCCUGGCUAUGGCUCCAUUAUUCUGUGUCUGAUCCAAUACCCGUUACCCCACGCACUCCUCUGGAACGGAGUUUCGGUGGGAAGUGGUCGGCGCCACCCGAGGACCGUGAGGACAAAGAGAACAUUCUGGACUCACCACAAACCAAGAGGUUCCGAUUUGAAGAGAAUAUGUCAGCCGUAGGGGACGGUGACCACUUAUGCUGAUGCUCAGUGGAGUUGCACUUUCACUAAAUUGCAUCUCAUUUUUGGUCCUUUUCGAUGCCAGAGUAUUCUCCAAUGCAGCACCAGCAAAAAAAAUGCUUCAGGCUUAAUUCUGUUUUCACUGCACCAAAGAUGAUCUUUCCUCAAAAGGGCCAAGUCUGGUGAAAUAAUAUAUAUAUAUGUAUAUAUAUAUACUAUAUAUAUAAUAUUAUAAUAAUGAGCUUUGAAAUAUCUAUGUUUCCAUCCUGUUAAAAGUUUUUUACCUUUCCUGUCAUAUUUUUAUUUUAAAUGUUUAGAUUUUUAUUUUAAUGUCACUCAGUAACUUAUUUCAUUUUCAGUUUUUCUUAGCCAAAAUUAAUGUUAAAACCAAUUCUAUUGCUGCACUUAUUGCAACAACAGCAAGCUACUAAAGCAACAUUAAGGCAGAUAGUAUGCAUGAUUUCCACAGUGCUAGAUGCAUGUUUUAGUUGCGUGUUGUGUCAUGCAUCCUCUUUUACUGCUAUUGAAACAUCAGAACGCUUCAUAAAAAUGUGACUCAACACGCAUUCACAACACACCCUGGAUUACACAAAUAUGUUUUUGUGUUUUGUCAUAGAACUUCCUUCUAGAAUAAGACUAAAGGAAUGCAGGAAAGCACUUAAACCCCGCUAUUAUACAUGUAUCACUAAAAUAUAAGAACACAUUUCUACA